AUGAGCACCACCCCUGGCCCAGAAGCUUCUCUCAAACAGAGUGCCAAGUCUAUCUAUGAACAGAGAAAGCGCUACUCCACUGAGGUUGUGUCCGACGUUUCCACCAAUGCAGUCAAUCACCUGGUGACCUUCUGCCUGGGUGAGGAUGCCAUACACACGGUGGAGGACGCCUCGCAGAAGCUGGCCCUCAUGGACAGCCAAGGCCGCAUCUGGGCCCAAGACAUGCUGCUGAGCGUGUCUCCCAGCCACGUCACGCUGCUGGACCCGCUCUCCAAGGAGGAGCUGGAGUCCUACCCGGUGAGCGCCAUAAUGCGGUGCGACACGGUGAGGCCGCCGGGCCAGAGACGCCCUCUGCUGCUGCUCGUGUGCCAGGAGCCGGAGCGCGCGCAGCCCGACGUGCAUUUCUUCCAGGGCCGGUGUGUCGGGGUGGAGUCGAUCCAAGAGGAAAUCCAGAGAGCUCUGCACAACUACCGCUCGGGCUGCGGGGAGCGCAGGGCGGCGGCACUCAGGGCUACGUCAAUGGAGCCACAGCAACACCCCUCGCCCGUCGCCGAGGCCGCGCCCCUGCCGCAUCGCCCGACAUUCCGCGCGGCGAUCCACACCGUGCAGCCGGCCGCGGGCCGCGGGCGACCCCAGGCGGAGCCCAUCCCAGAGGCAGAGGAGACGCGGAGGCCGGGCCGGGAGGAGGUCUGUCUCAGCUCUGACCCGGCCUCCCCAGACCUGGGGCCCCGUGGCCCGGACCUGGCCAGUCUGCAGGCGGAGCGGGAUGUGGACAUCCUGAACCACGUGUUCGACGACGUGGAGAAGUUCAUAUCCAAGCUGCAGAAGUCGGCCGAGGCGACCCGAGUGCUGGAGCACCGAGAGCGCAGCCGCAGGACCCGGCACCGGGAGGCCGGGGACAGCGUCCUGGCGCUGCGGGCCAAGCCGCCCUCAGGGGCCGAGUACACCGACGUACUUCAGAAAAUUAAGUACGCCUUCAGCCUGCUGGCCCGGUUGCGCGGCAACAUCGCCAACCCCACCUCCCAGGAGCUGCUGCACUUCCUGUUCGGACCUCUGCAGAUGAUUGUGGACACCUUGGGCGGCCCGCAGUUGGCCAGAGGCGUGAGGCGGCCGCAUCUGACUUCGGAGGCUGUGACACUGCUGCGGGACAACGUCACUCAACGGGAAAACACGCUCUGGACCUCGCUGGGGGACUCUUGGACCCGCCCGGGGGUGGAUCUGCCCCCAGAGGAGGGGCCCCCAUACAGACCUGAGUUCUACAGCGGCUGGGAGCCCCCAGCCAUGGACCCACAGGGCCGUGCCUGGGAGGACCCAGUAGAGAAACAGCUACAGCAUGAGAGGCGGCGCCAGCAGCAAAGCGCUCCCCAGGUCGCUGUCAAUGGUCACCCAGACGAGGAACCAGAAGCUGAGCCCCAGGGGCCGGAGCUGGCGGGAAAGUGGGCCCUGUGUAAUUAUGACUUCCAGGCGCGCAACAGCAGUGAGCUGUCCGUCAAGGAGUGGGACAUACUGGAGGUCCUAGAUGACCAGCGCAAGUGGUGGAAGGUUCAGGACCAGCGGGGGCAGAAGGGAUACGUACCGUAUAAUAUCCUGACACCCCACCCGGGGCCGCGGGGGGGCUGCAAGCCGGCCCCGGCCCUGGCUCCCCCCGCUCUUCCCACAUCUGCCUUGGCCCCGGCCCCUCUGCCCCCGCCCCCUCCCCCUCCACCACCAGCGCCAGCCCAGGCUCCGGCUCCGGCUCCAGCUCGGUCUCCCAGGGACAGCUGCGAGAACCUCAGCAACUUGGACUCGGGCAAGAAGGAGAAAUUCUGCCCGAUGCUCAUGCUUAGUAUCAACGAGGAGCUGCAGGCACGCCUGGCCCAGGGCCUCACGGGCCCCAGCCGCGCAGCCCCGGGGCCUCGCGCCCCGGAGUCGCAGCUCAACCCUCGCUCCAGCACCUCGGAGGUCUGCGCCUGGCUGCAGGCCAAGGGCUUCAGUUCAGGGACCGUCGCGGCGCUGGGAGAACUGAGCGGCGCUCAGCUAUUCUCGCUGCCGAAGGAGAAGUUUCGGGCGCUUAGCCCCGAGGAGGGGGCGCGCGUGUAUAGCCAGAUCACGGUGCAGCGCUCGCUGCUGGAGGACAAAGAGAACGUGUCAGAGCUGGAGGCAGUGAUGAAGAAGCAAAAGAAGAGAAUGGAAAACGAGGUGGAAACGGAAGUCUUUUGA